AUGUUUCUUGUUCGAUAUUUUCGUUUACUAUUGAUCCUGGUUUACGCUUCGAUUAAUGAAAGUCAUCAAAAUGAACAAUCUUUUUUAAGUAGAAAUUCUAAUCAAAGAAUUAAACGACUUUUCCAUAGUAAAUCAUCCAAAAUACAAUUCAAUACUCAACAAUUAUUAAAAAAUAAUCAACCAAAAAGUAUACUAAAUGAUGAGAAUUAUUUCUUUCGUAAUCAUAAAGAAAAACAAACAAAAAGUGAAACGAAGAAAGGAUAUACUCAACAAGAUUUAGCUGAAAUAAAACGAAUACUUUCUAAAAAAGAAAAUGAUUAUUAUAGUAUUCUUAAUAUUAAUACAGAUGCAACACAUGAUCAAAUUAUUAAUGCUUAUAGAAAAUUAACUCUACUUGUACAUCCUGAUAAAAUAGAUGCACCAGGUGCUACAGAAGCAACACAAAAACUUAAUAAAGCACGUGCUACUCUACUAAAAAAAUUCGAAAGUCAAAAUAAAGUUUUUAUUGCAUUAAUAAUUGGAAUUAUAAUUUUGAUCAUAUAUUGGAAAAAACGACAACGUCAUUCAUAUCCAUUAAAUAUUGAAAUUAUUUCAAAAAAACAAAAGAUUCCUCCAACUUAUGAUAGUCCUGAGUCCGAUGAUGGUGAUACCAUAAAUAUGGAUGAAAAUAGAGAAAUAUCAAUAAACAAAGAUGAAGAUCGGAUCAAUUUAAUUAAUAAUGU